AUGGAGAGUCUGGAGUUAGAUGUUUUGAUAUACCCAAAUGAAGUGAGGAUUGCUACUCCGGAAGACCUCAGAGAAUGGGAACUUGAGACUGCGAGCCAGGUGUCCACACCCACCGUCCGGCUCUUUGUGGCACUUUAUCCAUACAAUCCUGCUGCAAUGUCUCCGAACUACGACACGGCUGCAGAGGAGCUGCCUUUUGUACCAGGCCAGAUAAUCAAGGUGUUUGGAGAUAAAGACUCUGAUGGUUUCUAUCACGGUGAGUCUGGUGGCCUCUCUGGUUAUGUGCCAAGCAACAUGGUGGCUGAAAUCCCAGUGGAUGAUGAAUAUCUGAAGCACCUACUCAUGCAGCAGGGAUUCCUCCCAGUGGACCACACAGGCAUGUCUUUAACGCCAGAUCUGAGUGACGUAGCCAGUAUUCCUGAUGAUGUGGUUGUUCGCAGAAUGGUGGCCUUAUUUGACUAUGAUCCGUGGGAAAAUUCACCCAACGUGGACAGUGAAGUUGAACUUGGCUUUCAUUCAGGAGACAUCAUAUAUGUUCUAGGUGACAUAGAUCAAGACGGAUUCUACUAUGGGGAUCUGCAAGGACGGCGAGGUUUGGUCCCAUCAAACUUUCUGCAGGCACUACCGUGGAAUUAGAAUAAAACGCCACAUUAGGUACCAAUGCCAAGUCUUGGACACAACAGGAUAUCAGCAGUAUUUUUAUAUAUAAAAAAAUAUUUAAAAAAUAGCUACAUGGACAUUUUAUGUGUCAAAAAGAUUUUUA